CAAAACUCAGGCAGCCGCAGUGGACAUUGCGCUUCUCAGAGUCCCACUGCCAGCCCACACUUUAUAUACACUGCAAAGCUCGCACUGGUUGCAUAAGCAUGAAAGGGCUGAAGGACGCUUGAAUUCAGGGUAGAUUUGUAGACGACUUUGUUGCCCAGAUUGAAAGGUAAAUGUGGGAUUCAGGCGCCAAGCUUGUCCAGAGUGGCUGUCAACCGACGAGCAUCUGGGUGCGGGCCGCAAAAGAAGUUGCAGUGCCUUGAUAUUAGCAGAAGUGAUAGCUCGCCGGUGUCAUGGAGUGUGUGUGAAACGCGAAUCUGGCGAUUUGAGCUCCGGUUAAUGAGGGCGUUUUCAAGGGUUGCCCUUCGUCCAGCUCUUCACGCUCUUCAAUCCACCAUUGGUGCCCAGCACAUUGGCAGAAACCCUCUCAACCCGAGCAGGUUCAAGUUUCCAAACCUCUCCCAGUCCCUCUGGAGCAACCACAAGCGCUGCCUUCACAUUGCAACUAGAAUGAGCGGACGCGAGACGAACAUGGAGGACGAAGUUCCCGCUGCCGACAAGGCCGAGAGUUUCAUAAUGAAGAGCAAACAAUCGGAGGUAGGGGUGAAGAUAGCGAUCGCUCCCGUAGAUAGUGACGGCGCAGUUGCCACCGCACCCGUGCUUGGCCCCGGAAUUCUGCAUGGCGCAAUUUCGGGAGGAGUGCACAAUGAGCGGCGGAAGAUCACGCACAUUCUGUUUGACAUGGACGGGCUGCUGCUCGACACGGAGCGCUUCUACACCAUUGUGCAAGUCGAGAUUCUGAAGCGGUUCGGCAAGACCUUUGACUGGGCGCUCAAGUCAAAGAUGAUUGGCAAGCCCGCGCUCGAUGCCGCAAAGAUCUUCAUUGAUGAAACGGGCCUGCAAGACGAGCUGGCGCCAGAGGGGUUUCUGGAGGAAAGGGAGGAGAUGCUGGCCAAGUUGUUCCCGGACGCUAACCUGCUGCCAGGUGUCGACAGGAUGGUUCGCCACUUGGCGGCCAAGCGGGUGCCCAUGGCUGUGGCAACCAGCUCCCACCGUCGCCACUACGAGUUGAAGACCACCCGGCACAAAGACUUCUUCAAGCUCUUCCACCACGUCAUCACUGGGGACGACCCGGCAGUAAAGAAGGGCAAGCCCGCUCCCGACAUCUUCGAAGCGGCCGCCUCUAGAUUCGACCCCCCUGCCCCGGCACCCGAGUACGUCCUUGUCUUCGAAGACGCACCUAGCGGAGUGAGGGCAGCACGAGCCGCGGAAAUGUCGGUCGUCAUGGUUCCGGACGAGAACCUGGACGCCAGCCUGCACCACGGCGCGCACCAGGUGUUGAAGUCGUUGGACGAGUUCCAGCCGCACGAGUGGGGCCUGCCACCGUACGAUGAAGAGGACGGACACGUGUACGAAUCGGAAACCUCAAUUCCUUAGCGCAUAAAAAUGGAGACCGGUAACUUAGACUGGUGCUUGGGCUGGCCAAGACUCCAGCACCUUUGAUCAGAUAGGCAGCAAGGACUUCCACUAGAGACUCCAAGGCUCGCUCAACCAAAGGUCCUCCGUUGUUGCUUUAUGAGAUAGCUACCUAGAAGAGACGAUAUGUAUCAAACAAAGAGUCCUUUCAGAAGAGGACAUAUGGCGAUUAGGCAGGAUAUUAUCUGAGGGAUUCUGCAGGGUUCUGAGUGCGACGUACGGGGGGAUGUAGAUUCUCUAGGGGCGGGAUGGCAGCCUCACAAGCGUCCGAUCAAAACUUGAGUCGGCAAUCCUUGACCCAGCAUCGCCCUUAUCAGGAUGGUCUAGAUUGUGUAGAGUCAUGACCAGGCACUUUCAAGUUUCAGUAAACGCUUCUGCACACACGUUCAGAAGUUGUUGCAACAGAUCGUACUAAGUUAGGCACACACACGCCGCGCGCCAGAGCCUUUUAUUGUAUUUAAAUCCCAGCUUGGUGAAAUCUCGC